UAUUUAUGCUCUCAAUUCACCAGGCAAGAAGUUAAUUGCAGACCCUCUCCGCUCCUCGAUUCGUGGAGCUUCCACGCGCGUGCGUCAUUACGCGGAGCAGCCAGUCGCGUGAAGCGCUGAUGACAGACAGCAGUAACCGACGCGCCGAUAUCAACGCUGAGAUGACCUACCGAGCACCUCCGCGUCUCGUGCAUUUCGUGCAUUCGUCCUUCGACUGGGAGCGCAAAUAACCGCGGACGAGCGAAUCUGAAGCGGUUCGGACUCGUUGUUUCACUCUGCGGAUCACAAACUGCAUCCAUCCAUCAGUCAAAGUGAAAGAACCUGAAGAUGUCUCAGAAGAAGAUUUUCCUAGUAUUGAUUGCAAUCAGUACUGUCAGUUUGCUUCUGCACCAUGGGGGUCACUUGAACUUGAUGUUGGAGGCAUUCUGGUUGGGCUGUCCAUCCUCUAUGGCCUCCUCCACCCAGGGCAGCAGUGGACCUUCUGCUAAACACACCAGUGUAGCCUUCCUGAAGACCCACAAAACCGCCAGCUCCACUGUGCAGAACAUCCUCUUCCGCUUUGCUGAACGCAACAACCUCACUGUGGCGUUGCCUAUUACCACCUGUGACCACCAGUUCUGCUACCCUCGACCGUUCAGUGCCCACUUUGUUCAUCCACACACCACACCACCUGACAUCAUCACCAAUCACUUACGGUUCAGCCGGGCUGAGCUACGACGUCUCAUGCCCAACAACACAAGCUACAUCACAAUAUUGCGGGAACCGGGAGCAAUGUUUGAGUCUCUGUUUACCUACUACAAUCAGUACUGUCUUAGCUUUAAACGUGUUCCAAAUGGCUCUUUAGAGACUUUCCUGGACAACCCGUGGAGCUACUAUCGUCCAGAAGAGAAGGAUUCAAUGUAUGCGAGAAAUACACUGACCUUUGACCUAGGCGGUGAUAAAGACCGGCCAUUUUCAGAGGCGCUAGUGUAUGCCAAACGAUUUGCCGCAGAGCUGGAGCGAGUGUUCUCCUUGGUUAUGAUCGCGGAAUACUUUGAUGAAUCUUUGGUGUUGCUACGCCGCCUGUUGUCUUGGGAUCUCGACGACGUUCUGUAUGUCAGUCUCAACAUGCGCACACCUGACUCCAAGAGCAGCCUUUCCAGUGAAAAUAAGGCCAAAAUCAGAGCCUGGAACACUAUAGAUUCUGUACUGUAUGAUUACUUCAAUGCCUCGUUGUGGCGACAGCUGAGAGAGUUGGGACUAUCGUGCGUUGAGCGGGAAGUCCAGCUGUUGCGUAAGUCUCGUGACCGACUUGUCCGCAGGUGCUUCGGAGGCCAUUUGCCACCACUUCGCUCUGCUGCACAGAUCGCGAAUAAGGAAUUACGCCCUUGGCAGCCCAGUUCCAAAGUGGCAAUCGUUGGGUAUGAUUUACCAGUUAACAUGACACCAAAAGGCCAUGUUCCUCCUCCAGACGAGUGUCUUAAGAUGAUAAUGCCGGAAGUACAAUACACACGGCUCUUGCUGCGCUCAGAGUCCCUUCGUUAUCGAAAGCGGUUUCCAUUACAGAGCUCCCAGCAGACUUCACGAACUGUGGGACAAGUACGGGCCCAUAAAGAAUCCCCAGCUCUGAGUUUGAAUCCACAACCCUCAGAGACUAUGUCUCGGAGCACCAAAGGAGCACUACGGCUUUCCCAAUGACCAAUGCGAAAGGAUAGUUAAACUUCUUUCCUUUUAUUCCCCAUUUCUUGCAGCUAAAUGUCCAUGAGAUGUUGGAAUUACUUGAAAGCUUGAGGUCAUACCUCAUUUGUAUUGGAUGUGAGCACAACCAAACGUACACUCACAACAUAACUGUUCUAAAAGUUAGAAAAAUCUUAGUGUUUCUCAAAUUGAAAAGUAAAAAGGUGAAGGAAAAUAUACAUUGAAGUCUAAAAGCCUGACAUCUGGAAUAAUCUCUCUACAUACAUUCCAUCACUCUCUGUUUGUAUUUAAGCCAUCAUUACCCUUCUGGAAAAUCCUAAAUCAGCUUAAAUUUGUACCUGGUUUUAAAUAGUUUCUAGCUAGUUGAAGCUAAUCUCAUAUCAUUGCUGGUCCAAGCUUAUAUUGAAGGUUGAUCAGCUGUAUUACCAUGUUUAGAUGACAAGCUUGGUUAGUACUACCUUGAUAGACUACCAGCUACAAACCAACUUGGUGUGACCUUGAUAUAUAUAUAUUUUUUUUCUGGUAAUUGCAUUUGAGUAUUAUAAGGCUUCCUUUUUACCAACAGCACUCUGUUUGAGUGUGAACUUUAACCAAUGCUUAUAAACAUACUGACAGUUGCACCUGAGCCACAAAUCACCACAAUUGACUCUUCAGGUGUGGUCCAAAAAAAAAACAGCAUCAUGUGUCAAUGAUGAUGCAGCCAUCUCGAAGGACACUUAAAUAUUUAAUAAUUUAAUCUUUAGCCUCUUUAGCCAGGGUUACACAGCCCUAAAUUUUUAUGAGGCCACUGUGGACCAGGCCAGAGAGGUUCAUUCUUGACUAGAAGCUGAGAAUGGUGACAAAACAGUUCAUCUACUUUGAAGAAUCAUCACUACAUGUCAUAAGCCAGAGUGAGCAAUGUGUUAGUUUCAUCUUUAUGUGUUUUUAUUGUGUUUUUUGGGAUAAUGCUUAUAAUGCAGUGCACUUGCAAAUAUGUAACUUAUGUAGGCUAAUUAAAUUAUAUUAACUCCACAUUGUCUAAAACAUACUGUACACAGUAAAUGCAAACAGUUCUAGCUGCGCACAAAUUAUUUUAAAAUGCCUGUUUGCAUACGUGUGUAGGGUGUACUUCUUGCCUAACUUUUCUUUAUUGGAGCUUCACUUAACAAAGGCACUGUGAUGUAGAGUUACUGGGUGGUGACCGAACAAACAUGAAGAGUCAUGCCUGUUGAAUGUAAGAACAUUGCUCCAAUCUGAACAUUGUGUCUUUGUAAUUAAACCGCAUCACUGCAUUUCUUUCUUUUAAGCCAGUGGUUCUCAACUGGUUGGCAUUUGCAAAACAGAAGUGGCUUUGAAAUAAAUUUAGGCCAGUGUUUCCCAUUCCUGUUCCUGAAGGCACCCCAACACUACACAUUUUUUAAGUCUUCCUAAUCAAAUUCACCGUAAUUAACUCUUCAGUAGUGACUCCAAGACUUGAAAUGGAUUGGUUAGAUAAGAGAGACAUCUAAAAUGUGUACUGCUGAGGUGCCUCCACAAACAAAAUUGGGAAACACUUAUUUAGGGUAACUGAAUACCUCUGAAAGAACAGCCUCUUAAAGGACAUCGUUUCUAAUAUUGGUUUCUUUGCUGUUCAAAGAAAGAGGAAUUUAUUCUUGGACAGGAUGAAGCUAAAUUUGCUGUUCGCACUUGAACUUUCCUGCAAUAAGUAUUCCCAUAAGUACGCCAUAACACAGUUAUUACUAGUCAAAUAAAGGUAUGUAGAUUAAAGCAUCACGAGCACCUUGAAACAAUUAACCACCCAUAAACCAACUCCUGUUUUUAGGAGUGCUAGAUGAUACCUAAAUAAAUAUUGUUCUGUGAAUCCCAAAUUACAACAUAGUCAUCCAAAAUCCUCAUGUUUCAAAACUAGAAAUACCUCAGUUAAUACAAUUAAAAUUUUUGUUAAUGGAAGCGUCGACAGUCGAGACAUUAGACAUGUAGAAAGUGCUCUUUGAUUGUAUAUAAUGUACUUUCUGUUGAACAUAACACAAUCUUGAGUUUAAAUUUAAAGAUGAACUUUGAACACGCAACUCAUUCAUUCUUGUUUGGGCUAGAAAACCUCUCAGUAGAAAAUGAUGGAGACAAUUCAAUGUUGUGGUUUUUUGUUAUCUCUGAUGUAUUUUAAGAGAAGAAUUAGAAGUAAAGCAUGGAGUGAUUUACCGUAAUUUACUGCAUACAAAGAAUCUGCUGUGCAACCGUACGACCUUUUCAUAAAGAGAGAGAUUUUCAUGCUUUUUGUGCUGGAUGAUUUGAUGACAAUAGAUGUUAUUCCAUCAAAUUCAUUCUUCCAUAAUCUAUUUAUUUAACUGCUACUUUCAGUGACUUCUUAGGGGCUUUGAAUAAGAUGCUUCUGACAAUCAGAGGUUGGCUUUUGAACCUGUGUAAUGAGACAUGUGAAAACAUUGACCAUUAAAGCUGGAAAAACAACAUC